CGAAACAAACACUUUGUCGAGCUCAGAGUCGACGACAGCUUUCGGCCCUUCUCUCAAUCACCGUAGUUGACGACAACAUCAACCUCAAAACUUGCAAGAACUGCAAAACCCAAUUCGACCUUUCUCUCAAUCACCCUCUUGCUUCUCAAUUUCACACUGCCCAUUUUGAAGGAUGUCGGAAGCACCAUUUAGACCACGUGAAAAGCUUUUUGAGAAGCAAAAAUAUUUCCAGAAUAUUCCCAAGCAUACCUACUUGAAGGGACCCAUGGAUAAGGUUACAUCUGUGGCCAUACCUCUGGCUUUGGCUGCAUCAUCACUUUAUCUGAUUGGACGAGGGAUCUAUAAUAUGUCGCAUGGAAUUGGAAAGAAAGAAUGACCUGGGAAUUUCGAAUUGAGGAGGUGGCUAUUUGCGACACAAAACAACCAUAGCCUCCUUAAUAUGGACCACUGGUUACCCUUGCAUUUAUGUUUGUUCUCUUAAUAAAAUUUCUUAGUUGCAGAUUUUGACUGCCAUUGGGGUUUAUAACUUUAUAACGAAAGUUGUUCAUUGUAUGUUUUAUAAAAUCAAAUUGGGUGAAUUGGCUCA